AUGGACGCGCCAGGCGAUGAUGACUCUGGCCUUCACGGCGGCGACUUCUCCUCCAGAUCCUCCGCGUCGGCCUUUUCGUUCGUCGUGCCGCUGGCAGCAGGCAACUCUAGUGUCAACCCCGACCCCAAUAUCGCAUCGUCUCCCGCGGCGUCGAUGCCCGGUGGAGCAGACGCCGGAGAUGGUGGAGGAUUCGACGAUGCCGCCACUUCGCAUGCCGGGAGAAAGCGCAAGGCUGCUAGCAAUUCGACACUGCGAGGCGUCGCCAAUCUGACACCAGAGCAGCUGGCGAGAAAACGCGCGAAUGACAGGCAGGCACAGCGAGCAAUUCGCGAGCGCACAAAGGCGCAGAUCGAAGCACUGGAACAGCGGGUUCGCGAUCUCUCGUCGCAGCAGCCAUAUCAAGACCUGCAGAAAUUGGUGGCAGAAAAGGACACGAUUCUAGCUGAGAAUGAAGAUAUCAGGCGGCGACUGUCGACUGUGAUGGGCAUACUGCAUCCGCUACUAGACAGAGCUGGCUCAGGGAACAAAUCAGCCAAUGUCUCGCCCGCGCAGGUCGAAGCCACACAUCCGUCGCCCUUCACCGAUAGAAGCCACGACACCCCUAUAAGCGUCGAAUCUGUCCCCCUAGAUCCUUCAGAUUCCACCCCCGAGAGUGCCUAUGCGAACCAUGGCGUUGUUCGGGGGUGGCAGAGACUGGAUCCCACGAGCUUCGUCAAUCCAGCCCCGGCUCCGCGUCAACCCAAUAAAAUGCUAGGCGAAAAGUUGAUUUUGAACUUCCUCGUUGACAAUCCGAACCAAAUACCUAAGAUUGACGAUAUCCACAAAUUUUCCGAAGCGUUACAAGUCUCCGACCAACCCCCAUCCAUUGAUCUUUCCACCUCGUCCGACCAGCCUCUGGCAUAUAUGAUUCCAGUUCGUAACGUACCACCAACCUGCGCGCUCGACACCAUUUUUCUCGACUUUCUUCAUGACCGUCGUCGCGACCUAUCAGACGGCUCUCGCCAACGUCUGGCGUAUCCAAGCGUGUCGUCCCUUCUGAAUCCCGCCGAAGACAGUCCAUACUCAUACUCCAUAUCAAAAGUCUUCAGCGACAUCCUGCGCGCGUUCCCCGACAUAUCCUCCCUACCCGAGCAAGUAGGCACGCUAUAUAUCAUGUUCCAGCUUAUGCGCUGGCAGAUGGAUCCAACGCAGCAGAACUACGACCGCAUGCCGGACUGGCUCACACCACGGCCCGCGCAACUAUUCACACCCCAUCCCGCCUGGGUCGAUUACCUCUUGUGGCCGCAGGUCCGAGACCGGCUUGUAUACAACUACCGCAACUACCCCUUCGAGAACUGGUUCGGGCCUUACACACGAACAAUAUCGUGCAAUUGGCCGUACGAAGCCACGGACUGUCUACUGCACAACACCGACUCGGACGAAUUGCUGAUCAACCCUGUGUUCGAGCGGCAUGUACGCAAUCUGAGGAACUGGACUCUCGGUACCGAGUUUGCAGAGGCGUAUCCUGGACUAGUUGACGUUAUAAACAUCAAGCCUGAAAGAAGAAAUUGA